GCACUGACUUACCUCAGGUGCUAGACAAAUGACCUCAUAGCCGUCUGGGAGUUAAAGGAGGAGAAAUAGAGAUUGGAAGCUCUUGGAAUGAUAGUGGGAGCUAGAAAGGACGACGAGCGACUUUGGAUGGCAGUAGGAGGGGAGCUUCCUCCUUUAGCGAGCUACCCGAUUCAGGACGGGCUAGGAGACCUAGCAAGGAGGACGGAGAUAGACGCACGGAGACUCUUGAGGGGAGCUAAUCAGGAGACAUUGGCUAGGCUUGGGACUGCGAUCUGCAGCAGGCGUAGAGAUCCUGUCACGGGUGUACUGCAGAUCCGGAGAGGCGCGGCCUUGUUGGCCAAUCCCGAAGGGGAGGUUUACCUAGACACAGGGAUUCUUGGGAUAGAGGGAGAGCACGAGAUCCACCACCGGAACGGAGAAGCUCGACCGAAGGAUGGGAAAUGGAAUACGUACAAGGAGAACCUCAUUGAGCUUUACAAAUUGGAAGAUAACAAGUACUCCAUCAAGGACCUUGAGACGAUGACUCAAGAUGAAGAUGAAAGCGUACGGGCAUUUGGGAUGCAUUUCCAGAAGAUCUCUGACGUGCUGAUGAAGAAGGGGAAGAUCUCAGAGGUCGAGCGUUGUACUAUCUUCAUCGGACACCUGUCCAAAGGUAGACAAAAAAGUAUACUUAGAGAUCUUCCACGCGACAAGCUUGACUUCCCAGAAGUCCUAAAGCUCGCGAUAAAGGCAGAGGCAGACGACUACAAGGACUUGGUGUGGAGAAGGAUGAGGAGACAUGACUUUUCCCUCUACAAGGAGUAUGCCACCGAUAGAUGUCCUGAUUUCAAGGACCAUCCCUGGUCGGAGAAAAAUGAAGCCAUCGCCGAGGAAGUGAAGGAGAUAAGGGACAUGGUAAAGGGAUUGACAAGACAGGUUACAGAGAUUGUAACCACCACAGGAGCCACGACAUACCGGGACAAGCCCGGAGGACCCUAUUCACUUCGCUGGGACCGAAGGAACACUGAUUCCUGGAGGAGUGUCGAGGAUAGAAAUCCUCGAAUGCUGACUGAUUAUCGUGCAAGGGAAAGGGAGAGAGACGAUGAGCCAUGGCGACGUAUGGAUGAUGUGAUAGACCAGGACCGCAGGACUCGCGAGAUGUAUGGGCGUGCUAGGAGACUGGAUGACUACUCGCGUAGCCCUCGCUAUGAGCCUAACGGGGGUAGAGGCGACUCUCGAGGCCGAUGGGAGUCGAAUCAGGGCCGACGAGACGGAUACAGUGAUGGCGGAUAUGCAAGAUCGGACCGAGAUGGACACAGGGAUGACAAAUAUGCGAGAUCGGACCGAGAUGUACACAUGGAUGGCAGAUAUGCAGGAUCGGACCGAGAUGGACGUAGGGACGACAGAUAUGAGAGAUCAGACCGGGAUGGAUAUAGGGACGGAAGAUAUGAAAGGACGGAUCGAGAUGGAUACAGAGGUGGCAGAUAUGAGAGAGGAGAUCGAGACGGGGACCGACGAGACGACUCACGCGGACGGUAUGACCGCGGGGGAUACGCGAGAGAGCAGCGCGACGAUUCGUGGGGAUGGUACAACCGAGGAGAUCGACGUGAUGAGUCGCGCGGGCGAUACGACACUGGGGACCGCCGAAAUGAUUCACGAGGAGGAUAUGAGCCGGGAGGAUCUGGGGGAGACCGCCGCAAUGAUUCGCGCGGCAGAUGUAUCGAUGUUCCSUUCGAUGAAGGAGAAUGUCGAAGCAAGGGGGUAAAGCCGAGUAAAGGAAAGGAACCGGUCAGGAGCCAGAGCAUCAAGAUAACUUUUGAGCGGGAUAUGGCGACCACACCCAUAAGGGUGGCAGCCACCAAGUCGGCGAGAGGGUCUACAUCGAAGAAGACUGACACGGAUUACGUGAUGGCGGAGAAGGAUGGAGAAUGGAUUGAUGGAGAGGAGGUUAUUCUUUCGCCGCGAAAGCGGGGAGUGAAGAAGUUUUUGAUGAAGAGUUCGCUGGACGAGAUUGACACGGUCGAGCCAUUGAGGCGGGCCCUUCGGCAGCCCAUGCAGUGUUCUAUUCUGGAGUACCUGGCGGCAUCGAAGCCGGCUCGCGAUGAGUUACAGAUGAUCACGCGGAAGACUCGCAUACCUCUAUCGGAGGAGGCUUAGGGGGCCCCUAAGGCGGAUGCUCCUACUGUGGCAGUAACGGGGGUGACUGUUAGAGCGG